UUAAUGGGCCAUAUUUAUAGUAGUGGAACAAUACUGGGCUUUAUAUCAGGAACCAACUAGGAACGGACUCGGCGGAGUAAAGUGAACGGCAAAGUAACUGUCAAGCGAGCGAGAGAGAAAGAGAUAUCAGAAAUGGUGGUGGUUGUGGAUUCUUCGGCGUCGGCGAUAAUGGCUGAUCAGAACAUCGAUCCUAACACCGCGACGAACCCUAGCCGUCAAGAGAAGCAUGUUCCGGCGAUUAAGGCUAUCUCCGGUGACGAGGAAGGUCCGUCGAUGGAGAAAAAGAGCAAUGACUACUACGCGUUGAAGAAAUCAACCACCGUAAUCCAGAAAUCGCACUUCUUCCAGAGUUCUUGGACCUUUUGGUUCGAUAAUCCUUCCUCGAAAUCGAAUCAAGUCACAUGGGGAAGCUCUUUGAGAUCUUUGUAUACAUUCGCUACUAUCGAAGAGUUCUGGAGUCUUUACAACAACAUUCAUCCUCCAACCAAGUGGGUUCCAGGGGCGGAUCUCUACUGCUUCAAACAUAAGAUUGAACCAAAAUGGGAAGAUCCUAUCUGUGCUAAUGGAGGAAAGUGGACUAUGUUUUUCCCUAAAGCAGCUACACUAGAAUCCAAUUGGCUUAACACGCUACUUGCGUUGGUUGGUGAACAAUUUGACCAAGGAGAUGAGAUUUGUGGGACAGUUUUGAACUUCAGAACGAGAGGGGAUAGGAUCUCUCUAUGGACAAAGAACGCUGCAAAUGAGGAGGCUCAGCUAAGCAUUGGGAAGCAGUGGAAGGAACUUCUUGGUUACAAUGAGAAAAUUGGAUUCAUAGUUCAUGAGGAUGCAAAGACUCUUGAUCGUCAUGCUAAAAGUCGGUAUACUGUAUGAGAUUUACAGUUUUACUUGUCAGCUUCGCCGAGGAGAAAGAGAAGACUUAGAAGGGGAAGUCAUAUUAGAACAUGACCUUUAGUUGCUUGCUUCUGAUCUAUCUUUACUGUAAAAGGAUGCACAUUUAGGGUUUGAGGUGAUCAGCGUUUUCUCACUUUCAACUAUCAGAAUUGGUGAAAAUGCGUUUGACUCAAAUGUACAUGAUUUCGUAAUUUUCAUAGUGGUAUAAAGAAAAAGGAACUUCGCAGUUAAA